AUGUCUGCUGACUUGCUCGCUGAAUUUGGGACCAAUACAAGCCAUGCUGGCUAUGCAGUAAAUGCACAGGGACCCUCACAGUCACAAACGAACGAUUUAUUCUUCGACGAUGAUUUUGAUUCUUUUGUGUCCCCGGAACCUACAGACACCGGUGCAUUAGGAAAUCAAGAAAAUAUUUCAAGCCCUGAAACAAAUCAUGACAGACAACGAUAUACCCUGGAUGUAGCUACGUUACCUCCGGUCUCUGAAGGCGCUGAAGUAUUAUUCGAUGCAUCUGCAGAAGUGAGAUCAGACGAAGCUGAUGAGGACGAUUGGGGAACAUUCGAAACGKCCAAACCUGCAACUAGUCCUGCCCAAAGUGGUCAGUUACUUGAUAUUGAAGAUGAUCAUCAACCAUUAUCGACGCCUAAAUACAAUUUAGAUCCAACAUUAUCCUAUGUUUCGGCGCCUGUUGAUCUCAUUUCCCUCGAAGACAAGCCGCAAUCACCUCAAAGCAUUGCCUCACAAAUAACUCCUAGCUCAAGACAUCUCCAAACGCUCAAAACACCUGCAUUCACAAAGAAGGCUCCGAUAAAAAGCAAAAGUCCGCCUAAACCCUCCGAGGAUGACUUCUUCAACGAAUGGGAUGAUUUUGAGGAUGGGACUAAAGAGAAGUCUCAAGUUAAAUCUAAUGUUUCAGUGCCUACGAAAGGGACGAAGGCCAAUGAUGCUAUCAAAUCUACAAAAUCACGACAAUCCACACAGUCACAAUCAAUUGUUCGCCCGACUAAUAUCCCUCCGCCCUCCGUCUUGCUUCAGAUCAUUCCCUCCCUUUUAGAGGAAUUCCGUGUACAGCUUGAUAGUACAAAGCGAGGAUCUCCAACCACCACAUCUGAUUUUGUCACGAACCUUGUCCAGACCCUUAGAGUAGCUUCCCGGAUUAUUGCAGGUCGCACUCUACGUUGGAAGAGGGAUACGAUAUUAAGCCAAAGCAUGAAAAUUGGUCCAGCACAAUCGGGGAAGAGUAGUGGGAUGAAACUAAGCUCUGUCAGCAAAGGCGAAUCUAUCAAAGAGGAACAAGAAGCUGUUGGCGUCCUUGAAGUCUGGCGCCACCAUACAUCCGCAUUCAAUUUGGCUAUUCAAUCAUCUGGUGAACGACCCGUGCCCGUUAUAACAGAUAAAACUCGAGUCAUUACUGCGAAUGCGGCGCAAGGCGCGCUCAGAGCUUCUCAUGCUUGUGCCUUGUGUGGUCUGAAACGAGAUGAGAGGCUACCCAAGCUAGACGACGAUGUGCAAGACAGUUUUGGAGACUGGUGGGUUGAACACUGGGGCCAUACAGACUGCAAGUGGUUUUGGGAAGAAAAUUCAAACAAACUUCAUCAACGUUGA